GUCAGAAUGGUGCAACAAUUUGGAGGUUCCAUCGAGAUUUGAAUAACUAAGUAGGCUAUCAGAGCUAAUGUUAGCUACAGCUGACGUUGACCUUGCACAACACUUCCUUGUUUAAUUGUUUUUCAAGUGCUAAUAGUGCAAAGUGCUAGAGAAAGACUUUGCAACAAGAACUUACUUUGGGAAUAGAAAAAAAACCCAGUUUGAACUGACUGUAAAAUAACUGCAAUGAGUGUAAUAUACUGCAAAACUAUGGGCAAAGAUUAUGAGGGCAUUAAAAGUAAAAGUCUUUAAGUAUUUUGCUGCACAGCUGGGGAUCAAACCCUCAACCUUUUGUUAGAGAAGCGACGACUCUACCAACUGAGCAGUCGAAUUAUAGAAUUAUAUUCCACUUUUCCAAUCCAACGUUUUGUACUUGUUGCAGCGCAUUGUGCCUCUCAUAUAUUAUAAUAGGUCUAUCUUCAGUUGAAAAAAAUCACAGCAGAUUUGAUUUGCACACAUAAUGAACUUUGGUUACAUAAGGAGUUUGACAUGUUAAGGGCAGUUAAACCUAACCCUGGGUCAACAUAACUUUUUUUUUUGACCCCUUCUAUCUGAGCACAUGUUUGCCAACAACCUAGAUAUCCUUUCUCACUUGUUAUUUUUAAUUGGAACACAACACCUGUAUUGAUUUUAUGCAUGGUUUUACAUUUAAAGACUAUCUCGUUAUUUCUUGGCCCAAUCACAUUUUAUGCAUGAAAAUAACGAGCAGAGUUGAGAUGCCUAACCAGAUUUGUAAGCCGUUUUGGUCUCCAGUUGCUCAAGUUUUAUUUGCUAAGGUUUAUGCUCACCAGGUCUGAUGUGGAAUCUUUAACAAAAGGGGCGGGAAUGGAAUGGAGGUAAACAUGCAAGCUGUCUUAUAAAAGUAGGUGCACAUUACCACCUUCCUUACAGCACCUAGUGACUCUGUGCAGAUCACUUGUUGUUGUGGCACCAUGGUGAUGAAGUGUUCUCCUGUGUGCCUUAUGGCACUAGUCUUGCUUGGCAGCCUCUGUGAUGCUCAGUGGAAGCAACAAACUCCCCCGAAAAAGGAUCCCAGCAAAAAGCAACCUCAAACACCCCAACAGAUAAAGCAGGAGUUCGAGGAAACACUCGAUUGGAAAUAUCCUGAAGAUCCCGUUGCUGUGAUCCCACCCGAGGUCCACAUUGAGAUAAGACAUCCCAUUGCUACUGCAACAGUUUCUGUCCAAUGCAGAGAGAAUGAAGCUUAUGUGGAAGUCAAGAAGGACAUGUUUGCUAACGGCCAAUUCGUCAAUCCAGCCGACCUUAGCCUGGGAUCCUGUGAAGUUAUGGGAGAGCACAAUCAUGUGUUGAUUUUUGAAAGUCAACUGCACGCGUGUGGCAGCUCUUUAGCGAUGACAGAAGAUUCCCUCAUCUACACCUGGAUUGUAAACUACAACCCGAAACCUCUGGGCGAUUCUCCAGUGGUAAGAACCAACCACGCUGCUGUCAUUGUGGAGUGUCACUACCCAAGGAAGCACAAUGUGAGCAGCCUUGCUCUGAUCCCUCAAUGGACCCCGUUCUCUGCAGUUAAGGUGUCAGAGGAAUUCUUGUACUUCACCUUGAAACUCAAGACUGAUGACUGGGUAUAUGAGAGACCGAGCUACCAGUAUUUCCUGGGAGACAUGAUUCACAUUGAGGCCAUUGUCAAACAGUUCUUCCACGUGCCCCUGCGCAUUUAUGUGGACCGCUGUGUCGCCACUGUUGGACCUGACAUGGAUUCUCAACCAAGUUACGCCUUCAUCGAGAACCACGGGUGCUUUGUUGAUGCUAAGGUCACAGGCUCUGACUCUAAGUUCAGAACUCGCUCUGAAGAGAACAAGCUCCAGUUCCAGUUGGAGGCUUUCAGGUUCCAGGGCUCUGACAGUGGACUGCUCUACAUUACCUGCCACUUGAAAGCGACAUCUGCUGCCUUAGCCAUCGACAGUGACCAUAGAGCUUGCUCUUACACCGGCGGAUGGGAGGAGGCCAGCGGUGCUAAUUCAGUUUGUGGCUCCUGUGACUCUGUCUCAGCUGGCGGCACAAACAGUGCUUCCUGGGCUGUUAGUAGUCUGGGUAAUCCUUCGUAUCCAUCAGCUGGCGGCUCAAACACUGGUUCCAGGGGUUCUGCUACUCCGGGUAAUCCUUCGUAUCCAUCAACUGGCGGCUCAAACACUGGUUCCAGGGGUUCUGCUACUCUGGGUAAUCCUUCGUAUCCAUCAGCUGGCGGCUCAAACACUGGUUCCAGGGGUUCUACUAGUCCUACCAGGAAGGUCCGCGAUGUCUCGAAGACUGCAGAAAGUGAAGUAUUCGAAUGGGAAGGUGAUGUCACCCUGGGUCCCUUUGCCAUUGGAGAGAAGGUGAUCGCUUAAUUCAAAUUUCUGCUAUGGCUGACCAACAGAAUAAACCUUAUUAAUUGGUUCAUAACUGUAUGUUUUUUCCUCUUGCUUAUUGUUCAUAGUGCAGAUUCAACAAGGGUUAAAUACCUGUCUCGCAGUAACAUGUACAUUUUCAGACAUAAAAAUAAUAAUAUAGCCUGGAAAUGCUUGAAGGCAAACUUCCAAAAGAUAAAAGUGUAACUUUUUGUGCAUUAGCAUCUCUGUGAUGAUAAAUGUUACAUAGACACCUGUCCAGUUUAAAGACUGUAAAUCCCUCCAUUUGAUGGAAAUAAAAAUGCAACCUGUUAAAUGCUUGUGUCAUUCAGUCACACAUUUAAAAAUGGGCUGGGGGAUUCUCUAUGACUUCAUGACAUCAUAAGGUGAAGUACCAAAGAGAUAAAAGAGGAAACAAGAAGGGCUGAAUGGGCUUUACCCCCAUUUCACCACGGCUUAUUGGUUGAAUAAAUCAGUUUUUAAUUUAAUUCAGUUAAUAAAGGUAUGACACACCUGCACUUGUACUGUCAGGAGAGUCAUGUUUUACACAGUGAAUGAACACAUACCGCCCCCGUGUGGAGAAAAUGUUUAACUGCAGUUUAGUAAUGCAUCUAUGUCAGCUCACUCACCUUUCUAAAAGUCUGUGGUGUG